AUGCAGUUUCUCGGCCUCACCCCCGGCCAAGAGAAGAACGAGAUCGAUUCAAGCCCUCUGCUCCUUGUACCGACGCUCCAACGGUCGCCCUCUCUGCAGUUUGGCCUUCUGGGUGGAGUACUGUCGGAGAAUGGCCGGCCAUCAAAGGAGUCGCGCAUCUUCUACAAUGUGAGCUGUCCAUCUAGCAUCUUCAUCUGCGGGAGUCAGGGUUCAGGAAAGAGCAAUACCCUGGCAUGCCUUCUGGAGAAUUGCCUGAUACCUAGCGAUUUGGGAAGAUUGGCUCAUCCACUUGCCGGUAUCGUCUUUCACUACGACACAUUCGCGUCCGACGAUGGCGGUCUCCCAUGCGAGGCGGCUUUCCUUGCCUCCCAUGCCAAGGUAUCGGCUCGCGUUCUCUGUGCGCCGACGAGCUUCCGCACCGUAAAGAAGAUUUAUAGCGGUAUUCCUCAAGUCGACGUCAAACCCCUCAGAAUCAGUGGAUCCGAUCUCAAUACCAGCAGAAUGCUAGACCUCAUGGCAUUUCAGGAAGGUACCAAACCACUCUAUUCAUACGUCAUGCAGCGUAUACUUCGAGAUAUGCGACUCGAGCAGCAGGAGAAGGGCUCGCAAUUCGACUACGCUAAGUUCAAACAAGCACUCGCGCGGGAGAAGUUUUCACAGGGGCAGCAAGGCCCUUUGCAGCAGCGUCUCGAGACACUGGAAAGUUUCAUGAUCAAAGGAAAAGCCCGAUCCGAUGAGGAGAUCUACUGGGCGCCAAAGGCCGGGCAGCUUACUAUUAUCGAUCUCUCUUGUCCCUGCAUCCCGGCCGAAAUGGCAUGUCUGCUCUUCAACAUCUGCCUAUCUCUCUUCUUGGAGCAGAAGUCGGACGUUGGUCGCGUUGUGGCGCUGGACGAGGCGCACAAGUACCUCGGGCAGUCAGGAGAAAGCCAGGUGCUUACGGAGUCGCUGUUGCAGACUGUCCGCCUCCAGCGACACCUCGGAGUUCGGAUGUUCAUAUCGACGCAGGAACCUACAAUAUCGCCGAAGCUUUUGGACUUGUGCACCGUGACGAUCGUCCACCGUUUUUCGUCGCCCGAUUGGCUGCGGACCCUCCGCCGUCAUCUCGCGAACGAGGACGCCACUCCGGUGGACGAGGCGAAUUCAGCUACACCUGGGCAGGCACGCGCCGUGACGGACUUGUUCCCUAGGAUCACGGCUUUACAUACAGGACACGGACUCGUAUUCGCACCCAGUGCACUGAUCGGGAGUGAGCCGACUACCAUACAAGUACGCUCUCGGCUCACAAGAGAUGGGGGGAGGACGGUGAUGGCUAGGCAGAGCGCGUAG